CCUCCGUACCUCCAUUACCUAUAUCAACCCUGCCAUCCUGCUUCGUCGCCAUAUCUAUAUUAUCUAUAUAUAUAUGUGUGACAGUAGGUAUCAGAUGCCGCGGACGCACCUACAUCCGGGAGGGAUCGCUAGGUAGUUAGUUCAACUCGUCAAUAGCUCAGUCCCACGUCGUCAGCACACAUCGUCAAACACACGAGCUUGUCGGACAUACCACCCAAAAUGGCAACCAAAAUCUUCCUCACCGGCGCUACUGGCUACAUCGGCGGCGAGACCCUGUAUCAGCUGGUCGAGGCCCAUCCCGAGUACGAACUCACCCUGCUCGUGCGCAACGAGGAGCGUGGCAAGCCCGUCGCCGCCGCGUACCCCAAGGCUCGCCUCGUCUACGGCUCCCUCGAUAGCGCCGACGUCAUCGAGAGAGAGGCUGCCGCCGCUGACAUUGUCAUCCACACGGCCGACUCCUCCGACGACCAGCCCUCGGCCCGCGCCAUCGCCAAGGGUCUCGCGGCCGGCCACUCGGCCGAGCGGCCGGGGUACUGGAUCCACCUGUGCGGGACAGGCAUCCUGACGUGGUACGACCUGGCGCACUCGCGGUUCGGGGAGGCGCCGCUGGCGGAGCAGGCGUACGACGACAUCGGCUCGAUAUCGGAGAUCCUGUCGCUGCCGCGCGACGCGCCGCACCGCGACGUCGACGAGAUCGUGCUGGGCGCCUCCGCCGCCGGCUACCCGGCCGUGCGCACCCUCAUCUUCUGCCCCCCCACCAUCUACGGCCGCGGCCGCGGCCCCGUCAACCAGCGCAGCGUCCAGGUCCCGCGCAUCGUCGAGUACGCGCUCCAGCGCGGCUUCGCCCCCGUCCAGGGCGCCGGCCUCUCCGAGUGGGACAACGUCCACAUCCGCGACGUCGGCGCCUUCUUCGUGCGCGCCGUCGCCGCCGCCCUCGACCCCGCCACCCGCGACGACCCCGAGGUCUUCGGCCCCCGCGCCUACUUCUUCCUCGAGAACGGCGACCGCCACAAGUGGAGCGACGUCGCCCGCUGGGUCGCCGACGAGGCCGCCCGCCGCGGCCUGCUUCCCGAGCCGGCCGUCAAGACUGUUGAUGAUGUGCCCUCGCUGGGCACAAACUCGAGGGGCGUUGCCUCCCGCGCGAGGAAGUACUUUGGCUGGGAGCCUAGGGGCCCGAGCCUCAAGGAUGAGAUCCCCGACGCUGUUACCGUCGAGGCCGAGAGGUUGGGCAAAGUCUAAUUGAGUAGGUAGGAGAUUAGGUCUAGGCCGAAAGACGACAAGAAAUUAUAAUGCUGUUUGUCUUCCGUCACGCGGUGGCUGUCGUGUGCAUCUGCGAUAGUAGCGUAACAGCACGGGUGACUUAGGCAGGAGGUGACCUGCGGGCC